AUGCCAUCUUAUUUCCGCCAGUUUGCGGCGGUCGGUUCUGUGAGUGAAAAUAGUGGCGAUAUCAUCGAAGACAGUGAAAUGACGCAGCACUUGUACCAUGAUCUAUUAGAAAAUGUUUUAUUAUGUACAGUCAGCGAAGUCGGUGUUGAAUCAUCAAAUGGUCUUGUAUAUUUGAGUGAGUUAUAUAGCACCCUGCAAUCAUCAGAGUCGGUCGUCUGGAAUAAUAACAUACUCGAUCAAGCUUUAUUUGAACGUUUACACCUGCCCAAUCCAUCAGCUCAGUUAGUUCUCCCCUCAAAAACCACACAUGGAGGAUCGUCUACAACAUCACGAGAAGUAAUAGAAACACAAUGUUUGCCAUAUUUAGCUGCCUGUUAUCAACGAUUAUUAAGACAAAAGGAUCGUUAUAAACAAUUACUACCUACAAUACAAAAAUUAUUCAUUGAUUACAGUAAGACAGCUUUAACAGUGCCCGAUUUAUAUGAACAAAAUUUAAAUGAACAAUGGAUUGGACUACUUUUAAGGGCACAAGAAAACAGUUUAUUGAAAGAUUAUACAGACAGAGUAAUGGAAGAUUUAUUAUCAGAUAGUGAUGCUGUUGAUUCGAUUCAUGUUAUCUUUGAAACAAUAUUCAAACAAAUAUUGAAAGAAAUUCAACGACUCGAUUAUUUUUCGACGUCAUUAGCUUCUUAUGUAAAUUUACUAAGUUAUUUAUCUAAAUGGCCAUUGAUUGUUAAAAUUUUAUUUAAUUUUUCUCGUCCAUUAAAUCCUAAAAAUGGUCGUUCAUGGGAAGAGACAACAUUGCUUGGCUGUCUCUUAUCAAAAUCGUGCCUUCCACAAACUGGCAAACAAUAUUUAUUUUUUGAACAACCAACACAACUAACGGAAGCUGAUAUUGAACGUACAGCAUCAAAAAUGUGGCAACUUAUGAGUCUGUAUCAAAAUAGUCUGUCACAAUUAUUUUUAUUAUUCGUUAAAAACGCUGAUGUUAGAAAUGAUGUUUUAAAAUGGAUUGGUGAUUGUCUGUUAGAGAAUAGAAAUACACCAUUCAUAGCUCGGGAUCCAACAACUACGACAAAAGAUGAAUCAUAUAAUUUUAUCACAGAAAUAUUUUUUAUGACACAUUUAUGCUAUUAUAUUUCGGCACAUCGAUUGUACCAACUUUUGAUGCGCAUUAAUCAAGAAUUAUCGCAAGUUCAACAAGCAUACAAUGAUGCAAACCAGGGUUAUGGUGCGCAGCACGAAGGAGUUCAGCGCCUACAACGUACAAUGGAACAAGGAAUGACAGCAUUUUUUAAUAUAAAAAGUGUAUUGAGUGAACCAGCUUUCUUAGAUUUAUCGAAUUGUUUUUUUUCAUCGACAUGUUCAUGGCUCGUACAUUUGGCUUGCACAGCAUCACCCAAUGAAUAUUUAACAAAUUCUACAACAUUUAAAAGUGUAACAAAAUUACCGUUGUCUGAAUAUUCUAUUAAUGAACAACUAAGUUAUAUACCAGAAUUUAUACUCGAAAAUAUGACCGAUUUUCUCGUUUUUAUCGGAAGAUUUAAUGCACAUUUGUUCGACUCUUUACAAUCCUCUAUUAAUGAGUACGUGACAAUGAUUCUUGUGUUUAUGGGCGAUGCAAGUCGUUUAAGAAAUCCUCAUUUGCGCGCAUCAUUGGCUGAAGCACUUGAAUUAUUAUUGCCAAAACAACAUGCUAAUACACGUGUUAUAAAUAGUGUUUUAUCAACGAAUAUAUUUACAAAUCAUCCUCUUAUUGAUAAUUUAACACGAGUUUUGUUAGAUGUAUUUGUGUCAAUUGAACUUACGGGACAAGCUGUUCAAUUUGAACAAAAAUUUAAUUAUAGACGGCCAAUGUAUGAAAUACUUGAAUAUGUCUGGCAAUUUGAAGAACAUCGACAACAAGUUAAAAAACUUGCCAUUUAUGCUGAGGAACAUAUCGAAGAUGCUGAAGCUCCAUUAUUUUUACGAUUUAUUAAUUUAUUAAUGAAUGAUGCUAAUUAUUUACUUGAUGAAGCGUUAUCUUACAUGGCACGUUUAAAAGAAAAUCAAGAGGCUCGUAAGCGUGGAGAUUGGUCGCAAUUGAGUGAACAACAACGUGAAGAAACGGAAAAUACAUUUCGUCAUACAGGCAUGAUAGCUCGAUUUCACAAUAUAAUGGGUAUAAAAACCAUUUCAAUAUUAGCAAUGGUUACACAUGAUAUACAAUCAAUAUUUUGUCAUCCGGCUAUCUGCGAACGACUAGCCAUGAUGUUAAAUUAUUUUCUUCAACACUUGGUUGGACCAAAACGACGUAAUCUGAAAGUAAACGAUCUUCUUGAAUAUCAGUUUGAGCCACAAAAACUAGUAGCAAAAGUAACGGAUAUUUAUUUGAAUUUUGGAGAGUCUGAGGCAUUUUGUAUUGCCGUUGGAAAUGAUGGAAUGUCUUACAACGAUCAAUUGUUUCCUCAAGCUGUUGAGGUGUUAGAAAAAAUUAAACAUCCAUCAGAACGAAUCAGCAAUUUUCUUAAAUUAGGAGAGAAGAUUAAGGAAUUAUCUCAUCGACGUCAAGAAGAAGAUGCCCAGUUUGAUGAUGCUCCAGAUGACUAUUUGGAUCCUAUAACAAGCACAUUGAUGACUGAUCCUGUUAUGUUACCAAGUUCGAAGCAAAUACUCGAUCGACAAACAAUCGCAAGACAUUUGUUAAGCGAUCAAACAGAUCCGUUUAAUCGAAAUUAUUUACGAAUGCAAGAUGUUCUUCCGCAACCACAACUUAAACAAGAAAUUGAACAAUGGAAACAAAAACGUUCUAAAACAAAAAAAUAG